UCGGCGUCGUCAGCGAUGGGCGGCGCGGCGGCGGCCAGGUGGAUCCAGCGGCUGAGCGCGGCCAGGAUCUCGACGGAGGCGCUGCAGCGGGGCCAGAGCCGCGUCAUCGACGCCUCCCUCACCCUCAUCCGCGAGCGCGCCAAGCUCAAGGGAGAGCUGCUGCGUGCUAUGGGUGGUGUCAAAGCUUCUGCAUCUCUCUUAGGAGUACCACUAGGGCACAACUCAUCGUUCCUGCAGGGGCCUGCAUUUGCUCCUCCCCGCAUAAGAGAGGCCAUUUGGUGUGGAAGCACCAAUUCUAGCACCGAAGAAGGCAAGGAAUUAAAUGACCCAAGAGUGCUAACAGAUGUUGGUGAUGUCCCUAUACAAGAGAUUCGUGACUGCGGUGUUGAAGAUGACAGAUUAAUGCAUGUAAUCAGUGAGUCUGUCAAAACAGUCAUGGAGGAAGAUCCUCUUCGGCCGUUGGUAUUAGGAGGCGAUCACUCAAUAUCUUAUCCAGUUGUUAGGGCUGUGUCCGAAAAGCUUGGUGGACCUGUUGACAUUCUUCAUCUUGACGCACAUCCAGAUAUCUAUGAUUGUUUUGAAGGGAACAAGUACUCGCAUGCUUCCUCAUUUGCAAGAAUAAUGGAAGGAGGUUAUGCUAGGAGACUUCUACAGGUUGGACUUAGAUCAAUUACCAAAGAAGGACGUGAACAAGGGAAGAGAUUUGGUGUGGAACAGUAUGAGAUGCGUACCUUCUCCAAAGAUCGGGAGAAGCUUGAGAAUCUGAAACUUGGGGAAGGUGUAAAGGGAGUGUACGUCUCUGUCGACGUGGACUGUCUCGACCCAGCAUUCGCUCCUGGUGUCUCUCACAUCGAGCCGGGAGGCCUCUCGUUCCGUGACGUGCUCAACAUCCUCCAGAAUCUGCAAGGCGACGUUGUGGCGGCAGAUGUGGUGGAGUUCAACCCACAGCGUGACACGGUGGAUGGGAUGACGGCUAUGGUCGCCGCGAAGCUGGUCCGGGAGCUCAGCGCCAAGAUCUCCAAGUGAGGGUCUGUGAGGCAGCCAUAGAAUUUUCCAGGCUUGUUGGUCGUCAAUCUUGUUUCAUAUAUGUAUGUAUGUGUCAGCCGCGUCACAAUUUUUUCAUGUGAUUUAACUUCUAUAAAUAAUGAUAAAAUCUUGCUGCAAAAGUGUUGCAAAACUUGCCUUUA